UUGAAAUUCAACGUCGAUAUCGUUUGCGACAGGAAGUUACAUCUGCGCGGUCACUAGACUUCCGAGACGUGCACAUUUCGUUUGCGGCAGCUUCCGGAUACAUAAAUAAGGCUCGAGAACGGUCACGGCUACUUUGCGGCUACUGUAUCGAUACCGUUGCGCUGGACAAAGUGUUGUUGGCUCAUCAAGAGGUAGCCCCAGCUGAGAACAGAGAACUUGAACACUGUGCCCGUGUUGGAAUCAAGAGGAUCGCCAUAUAAAGCACCUGACUCAUCGCCGAUGCCAGUACAAUCAUCAAUCCAGUCCGUGCCUCCCGAAGUGCUGGCUAGAAUUUUUGUUUUCUGUGCACCCGCUACGUCACGGUCUCAUCCACGAGAAGGAGGCCGACUUCGUUGUGUUUCGGACAUCAAACAAACGCCCUGGACCUUUGGAUACGUUUGUAGUCGGUGGCGGACCAUCUCACUCUCCGCUACCGAGCUCUGGACACACAUAUAUGUCGAUAUCAGCACCUUGGUCCAAAAGGGUGAAGAAAGCGCAAAAUCGUUACUCGAGACAUAUUUGUCUCGUUCGGGGUCCCGCCUACUCUCUGUCCACAUCACAUUUGACGAAGAAACGCCGAGAACAAUCGAAUCCGCGCUCACCAUCCUACUCUCGUCAUCCGUGCGAUGGCGACGCCUGUCCAUUCUUCUCCCGGAGAGUGCUCUUCAUUUUUUCCAUUCGAUCACCCACAACUUCCCGAACUUACAGCAGUUCGACCUCCAGCUACUUGACGAUAUGGAAGAGAACGAAAUCACAGCCGAAGAGUUUGGCUCUUUUCUUGAUAACGCACCUCAGUUGCAGACCGUGUCUAUCGGAGAUGGCUUCAACGAUUAUCUCCCCCUCUUCGUUCAAAUGCCAAUACUCCCAUGGUCGCAGCUCCUCGACUUCGAGAUAUACGAGAAUGCCGACCCUUUCAACUCUGCUCGUUACAUUUUGGAGGCAUGCCCUCAAGUUCAGCACAUGCAUUUGCCUACAGGAUCAAGCUACGAAUGUGCAGGGGCUCCGGUUGUUCAUCGUCAUCUUCGAUCAUUAUCCCUAAAAUGCCGCGCCGGUCAGAUAUUACCACCCGACCUCUUCGACCUGUUGGACCUCCUCACUUUACCAGCUCUGGAGGUCCUGACUCUGGAGUCCAACGGGUUUGGCUCCGACCUCAAUUUCGACAACACAGAACAUCCUUCCGCUCUCGAGUCCCUUAUCACGCGCUCCUCUUGCCUACGUCUUCGGUUGCGCGUCGAGUCCGCGUUCAUCUCUGACGUUACAUCCUUCCUAUUGUUUCUUGAAAUGACCCCGUCUCUUCAAUCUCUCGAGUUUCGCCCCUCCACGCCGUAUACGAUGGCAUCACAUCCCGACGGUUUCAUUAUCGACGACUUCGUUGACCGUAUGCGCUACAUACCACAAGCCGAUCAAUUGUGUUUACUGCCAAAUCUGAGGACGUUGUUGCUCGAGGACGCUCACUACUUUGAAGACGACGACGCUUUCGCGAGUAUGGUAGAGUCGCGUUGGAGACUACCCGGGCAGGGCCAUAGCCAGGCCGUUGUUCGCAUAGAGGAGGUAUCAUUGGUCUUGGAUCGGGAGAUGGAUGCUGCAGCGUUGAAGAGGCUGAAGGAGAUGAGAGAGGAGGGACUGGAUGUGCGGGUUUGGACAAGGAUGUCUAUGGAUGCCAAGGUUCGCACAGGGGAUGAGGAAUAUUUGAUCUAUACACCCGGUCUUCCUUCUCUGGAUCUCGUGCCAGUUUUACCUUCCGCUUGACUAAUCAACGGGCCUGGCUCUCUUGCUACAUUUACAAGCUGUCAUAUACGUUGCCUCGAGAUAUGUUGCCC